UGCUCCGUCGCAUGGAUCUCGGAGAGCCGGCGGCCACGCCGACGAUACAGGGAUACGGCAGCAGCCAAUACAAAAUCAGGCCCGCUCUUAGGCGGGAGGCCAGUACGGGCGACGGAAGCCGCCCAGCACGGGUCCACGACGCUGAGGAUGGAAUGCAGGUGGGUAAAGCAAUAUCCGUCUCCGGGAAAUGGUUCGGGGAUAAUUGCUGGCAUAAUUUGCAAGCUUACAAGCUGAGAAAGUGUUUCGCGAGUCCGCUGGGCCAAUUGAUACAAUUAGGAAAUUUCGUUGUACUAGUCCACUCUUCUAAACAAGUGCCCAGUUGCCCCACUAGGUGGCAUGUUCUUGCAAUUGGUUGUGCAUGAGUUGGCCUGUAGCAGGUUGAGCUCAUGUAGGCGAUAAACAACUAGAAUGUUCCACAUCAAAGUAAAAACUAAGCAACUCAAUGAGGAGCAACCUCCGACAUCGGAAUUUCCUACAUAUUUUCGUAGAGAAAGGAGGGGAUUUCCACAUUUAUUCUACUCACAAUAUAUCCUUGUAUGUACCUGCACAGUUUGUCCUCUCAUCGUUUGUUUUGGUCAAAGACUUGUAUGCCCAAUAUCUUCAACAUAUCUCCUUGAUUGAUUAUCUUCUCAUAUUAAGCAAUCGCAAUGUAGCACCCAAUCACUUAAUCGAGGGCUAACUUACGACAGGCUGUCAUUUUCCUAAUGCAAGUGGUAGAACCGUUGACUACAUUUUAAUUCUUCUUGCGUUUUGUUUGGCCAAGUAGUCGGUACGAUGGUUACUUGCUGGAUGAGCUGAGAGUGACAGUUGAAGUCCUUGACCAGUUCAGAAUGAAUAGGCAAUCGGUGUCUCCCUUAUAACUAGUGGUCUAUUGCGAUGCAAGAAGAGCUGCUGACCUUGAAAUAGAUGAGCAACUAAAAGGAAUCCAGGGAUCCCUCAAGAAACUGGCCAGGCAUGGAGCUCUCUCCAUGGCUCAUCUUGUUCAGUGUUCUGGUGCAGGCUUCUGUCAUCUUGGCCGAUACAAAUACACAAGACACUUCUGGCCUCACGGGUAUUGCAGCUUCAUGGAACACCAAACCAUCAAACUGGGUUGGCAAUGAUCCAUGCGGUGACAAGUGGGUUGGGAUUAUUUGCACCCAGGACAGGGUCACAUCAAUAAGACUGUCAAGUUUUGGACUCUCAGGUAGUCUUUCAGGAGAUAUUCAGUCUUUGUCAGAAUUGCAGUACUUGGACUUGUCCUACAACAAGGAAUUGGGUGGCUCUCUCCCUUCAUCCAUCGGAAGCUUGAGCAAUCUCCAAAACUUAAUCCUUGUUGGCUGCAGCUUUACUGGUGAAAUACCUACAGAGAUUGGCCAGCUCUCAAAUCUGAUAUUUCUAUCUUUGAACUCCAACCGAUUUACCGGCCGCAUACCACCAUCACUUGGUGGCCUUUCAAAGCUAUACUGGUUUGACCUGGCUGACAAUAAGCUCACCGGAGGACUUCCUGUAUAUGACGGGAUAAAUCUUGGGCUGGAUAAUUUGACAAAUACAAAGCACUUUCACUUUGGGGUCAAUCAACUCUCUGGCACCAUACCAAGCCAGAUUUUCAGCUCACACAUGAAGCUGAUACAUCUGCUUAUUGACAACAAUAACUUCUCUGGUAGAAUACCUUCUACUUUAGGCCUCCUUAAUGUCCUGGAAGUUCUACGUUUUGAUAACAAUUAUCAGUUGUCCGGGCCAGUUCCCAGUAACAUUAACAACCUCACCAAGCUUGCUGAAUUCCAUCUUGAAAACAAUCAGCUAAGUGGUCCAUUGCCAGACCUGACAGCAAUGAAUUCCCUCAGCUUUGUGGACAUGAGCAACAAUAGCUUUAAUGCAUCUGAUGAUCCAUCCUGGUUAACCGCUUUGCCAUCCUUGACUUCAUUAUACCUUGAGAAUCUAGGUAUUGGCGGACAGCUACCCCAAGCUCUUUUUAGCCUUCCUGCAAUUCAGACACUGAGGCUUCGGGGCAACCGUUUCAACGGCACACUAAAUAUUGGAUCAGACUACAGUACUCAGCUCCAAAAAAUAGAUUUGCAGGACAAUCAGAUCACAGCCAUCACUGUUGGGGGAUCCCAAUACAGCAAGAAACUCAUACUUUCAGGAAAUCCAAUUUGCAACCAGGGGAGCACUGAACAAUACUGCAAAACGACCGGACAAUCUAACCCGACAGGACCAUCAUAUAUUACUUCUAAGAACUGUGCUGGGCUGCCACCCACAUGCCUCUCAAGCCAGCUUCUGAGCCCAAGCUGCACAUGUGCCGUGCCAUACAAAGGCACACUGUUCUUCAGAGCACCAUCAUUUUCUGACCUCACCAAUGGCUCAUACUAUAUUCAGCUAGAGAAGGGCAUGAAGGCUAAGUUCUUGGGAUACAGUAUCCCGGUGGACUCAAUUUCUGUUGAAAACCCGUACGUUGAUUCAAACAACAACUUGCAGAUGAAUCUUGGGGUAUUCCCCAGCAACAAGAUACUGUUCGGCGAACGAGACAUUUCUGAAAUUGGGUUCAUUCUGAGUAAUCAGACGUACAAGCCACCUCCUAUCUUCGGGCCAUACUAUUUCAUUGGCCAGCAAUACCCUUUUGCCAGUGAGGCGUUAGUAAUAUCUAAAUCAAAGGCGAACAAGUUGCCACUUAUUGUCGGAGUUGCAGCCGGUGGUGCGGUUCUUGUUGCAAUACUGCUCAUUCUUGUUGUUGUCAUCGGCAGAAGGAAGAAAAAAACAAACAGGACUGAAGAGAGAAGCCAGUCUUUUGCUUCUUUGGAUAUGAAGAGCACCAGCACCAGUGUGCCGCAACUGCGCGGCGCGCGUAUUUUCACGUUCGCUAAACUGAAGAAGAUAACCAAUAACUUCUCGGAGGCGAAUGACAUCGGAAACGGCGGCUUUGGGAAGGUUUACAGAGGGACACUUCCCACUGGGCAACUGGUUGCUGUCAAAAGAUCCCAGGAGGGAUCCCUGCAGGGAAACCUGGAGUUCAGAACCGAGAUUGAGCUCCUGUCCAGGGUUCACCACAAGAAUGUGGUCAGCCUCGUCGGUUUCUGCCUUGAUCAGGGCGAGCAGAUGCUAGUGUACGAGUACAUCCCCAAUGGCACACUGAAAGAGAGCCUCACAGGGAAGUCGGGCGUGCGGCUGGACUGGAGGCGGAGGCUCCGUGUCAUCCUGGGUGCCGCGAAGGGCAUCGCCUACCUGCACGAGCUCGCAGAACCCCCGAUCGUCCACCGAGACAUCAAAUCAAGCAACGUUCUCCUUGACGAGCGAUUGAACGCUAAGGUUGCAGAUUUCGGCCUCUCCAAGCUUCUAGGCGAGGAAAGAGGGCAGGUCACCACUCAAGUGAAGGGCACAAUGGGUUACUUGGACCCUGAGUACUACAUGACGCAGCAGCUGACGGAGAAGAGCGACGUAUACAGCUUCGGGGUGCUGCUGCUCGAGGUGAUCACGGCAAAGAAGCCGCUGGAACGCGGGCGGUACAUUGUCCGGGAGGUGCACGCGGCGAUGGACCGGAGCAAGGACCUGUACGGGCUGCACGAGCUGCUGGACCCGUUGCUGGGUGCUUCGCCGUCGUCGCUGGGCGGGCUGGAGCAUUACGUGGACCUGGCCCUGCGCUGCGUGGAGGAGGCCGGCGCCGACCGCCCGUCCAUGGGCGAGGCGGUGAGCGAGCUGGAGCGGAUCACGAGGCUGGCCGGCGGCGUCACCGAGUCGGCGUCAGAGUCCAUGAGCUACGCCAGCAGGACGCCACGCCACCCGUACGGAGGGGACAGCGCGUCCGAGUACAGCGGCGCCGGGCUGCCGUCGUCGAGGGUGGAGCCCAAGUGAAGCCACCUGAAAUGAAUGCGUGAUCUAAAGUGUGAUGCGUGAUCUGAAGUCUGAAGCCACCUGGGAUUUCUUCAGGGAAGCUGGUACAGUACCUGAAAUGAAUUUGUAUUGUGGUAUGUUUGGUACAGCUACUACCUGGGUAUAUCUGUGUAAAUUUUGACUGAAGCGACGUUAGGUGAUGUAUAAACUAGAAGCGUGUUAUGAUUUUCUGUUUGAGCUAGUAUAAUUUUCACUCGAUGAAUAAACUAGAACUGCCACAACAAUCUGAAGGGAAGAACAAUAGUUACAAGAUUCUA